AUGCUUGAGUCUCAUGACACGCAGUUGUUCCGCACAGCUGUUUCGAUUCUCACAAUCCCCAGGGAUAGAUUCUGGUUGUUCAAGAGCGGUGUGCUGGAGAUUUUGUACAAAUUAAUUGACAGUUUGGAGGGUCUGAGCGAUUCUGACGAAGAGAGUGGAGACGAAAAACAUCUGGUUAAUUCCGUGCAUUCUUUGACCAUCCAGAAGGAUGACACCAGCGAGCAGGACUCGCUGAACUCUGAGGACGACGGAUUGUUCUUCCACUUGGCUUUUACUCCUGAGGAGGUGACCUUCAUGUGCAGCACGAGUCUGAUCCGGAAAUACCUUUCCAAGCCGUUGUCUCUCAACAAACAAGCCCAAUUGGGCGCAACACUAAUUGACGAGGAGUUUUUGGUUUUGCAGGUUUUGACUGACGGCACCAUCAUUGGCAAGAAAAUCCUGGAAUUGACUGCCCCUCUUUCAGAGCAAGGAAUUCCCAUUUUCUUCAUUUCCAAUUACUUCAGUGAUCUCGUGCUAAUACCAGCUGUCCAUAGGACGGCAGCUGUUGAAAUAUUGGAAAAAUCACAGUAUACAGAUACCAGCAAACUAGAGCAGGAGACGUUCCAAUUAUUUAGAUCGAGCUCGGUGAAGCCCGUUUUGAACACAGAUGUGAAGAUCCUGCUCACGGGAGCCCGUCCUGGAGACUCUUCGCUGGUUCUGCGACAGACUGUGGAGGCUCUGUCAAAAUACAACACCGAACAGAGCGGCACAAAGCACUCGUUCCUGGCAUACUUUGCACUUACCAGAACCCCCACCGAGGACAUUGGGUUGCUACUGCCUCUCGCAGAUGACGAGAUGGCCAAAGUAAAUUAUUCAAGAGCCACAAUUUUGGGAUCGUUGCAGGACUUCUAUUUCCCGUUAUUCAUCAACCUGAAAACGCUUCCUUUGGACUUGAAGGGCAUAGUUGCUGGUGUUGCGUCGAAACUGCUGAAGCUCGGACUGGACGAGAUGAGCUAUGUCAGUUUGGGGCGUUCUGCCGUUGUGCUGGUGCCUGACAACUUUCAAGAUACGGUUCAGAAAAUGCUGGACUCCAUGUGA